CCCGAAUCUGACCUAAUCCCGACGAUUUUUAGUGGGUACAGAUAAAACCUCGGCCUCGGCCUAAAGAAACCGACUGAUAAAUUAGGGAAUUACGAUAUACAUACUUGAAUACAUAUGUAGAAUUGUUUCUACAUUCUUUUAUGGCUACAAAUGAGGAUAACUUAAUAGGCCAAAUAAUGCAAUUCUUCUACUCGAUCAUUGCUACAAAGUUUCGAUCAAAUCAUUUUGUGCACACAGCGAGAGCCCCGUCCUUCAUGCGAGCAUAUUAUUUACACUUUGUUUUUCGUUCUCCCAAGAAUCACGCAGCGCUCAAGCAGUUCUCCCAGGUGCCAUACUUGGAACUGAAGCUACCUCCGCCGCUCUGCUGGGCAUGCUCCGAUAUCACUGCCCUGGUACAUACAUCCCAAGUCCUCGCAAUCUCCCCGAGAGACAUGGGUUGCGAGAGGCCACGAAGAGAUAUGCUGAACCUCGACUUGGCCUUCGCCGAUAGAUCCUCGUACUCCUUGCUGAACAUCAAUGGCACAAGUGAUAAUAUAAACAAACGUGCUCGAAAAGGCUGGCGUCUGGCAUGUCAGAAGGCAACAAAUCUACCAACCUGUCAUUCAUUACCUGACUUCAACAGGGAACUUGUCCAGUAGAAUCGGGGAACAAUUUGGAUAGUGCAUAGGCACGAGCAAUCUCAGUGGCUGAAUUGGCGACUGCAAAAAGGAGGGAAAAUGAGCAGGGCAAUGUUAUCACUGAAGAAUGAGAAAGGCUUGAUGUCAACAAAGGUUGUGAAACACUGACCAUUUGAGCUGAGUCGUACUGCGAUUUCAAGCUGGGGCUAAGGGCUACUGCACUAUAUGAGCACUUUACUAAAGUUCCUUCCCCGCCGCCUUCAGCAGCAGCAGCAGUUACUGCAGUUGGUUUGACAUCUUCAUCGCUGAUAUCAACCACGGUGUCAAUAAGUCCCUGAUUUAUGUCCCUUAUCUCUUCCAAGAGCGCAUGGUU